UAAUUGAUAUAGUAAAAUUAAGAAAAGAAAUUAUAAUCGUAACAAAACUCAGUGCAUUUGUCCGUCAAGUUACUAAAAAUAUUCUUAUUGCUCAAGAAAAUGAAGAAGACACUCAAGUUGUAAUUAAGAAAUGUGACAAACAUACCAUCGACUUAAAAAUCUUGGAAUAUUAA